AUCAAUGCAAUUAUUUUACCACCAAUUUUUUUCUUUCCACGAAACAAACAAUUUAGAAACAUCACUUCAAGCGAUGACUUGAUUAUUCGUCUCGUAUAUACACAUCAAUAUCUCGUCCAAUCCCUGUCUUCCUCUUUCAAUGGCUGGCUCGACGACGAACCAAACGUAUAAGUGUGUUUCCAAGAGGCAGAUUUCAGCCACGCGUCCAGCGUCGGAAGAAGGCGCGAAAACUUUCAGAAAUCGGCCGUUUCCGUAUACGGCGAGAAGCAAAAGUUCCCAUGCCCGACAUGCCCGAGCGUCUUCAGUCACAAGAACAAUCUUUAUUAUCACGCCAAGUUCGAGUGUGGCCAAAUGCCACGAUUCAACUGCCCCUAUUGCACUUACAGAACGAAACACGUGUCCAACGUUCGUGCCCACGUUCGUAGAAAGCAUCCCGGUAACAACGUCUACGCCAUUGACAUAUUUGGACCAGUGA